GCACACGGCCCCGCUGCUCACCGGACAGUAUAAAACAGCAGCUUCUCCUCUCUUCCCCUCACAGCAACGACCCAGACGAGACGCAGAUAAGCUUGCACAUCCCUUGAAGCAGCUUAAAGCAACCGACCAACAUACAGCAUGGAUCCCUGCGAGUGCUCCAAGACUGGAACCUGCAAAUGCGCUGGAUCUUGUACCUGCACCAACUGCUCCUGCACCACUUGCAAGAAGCGCUGCUGCCCUUGUUGCCCUUCUGGAUGCAGCAAGUGUGCAUCAGGCUGCGUGUGCAAAGGGAAGACUUGUGACACAAGCUGCUGUCAGUGAGGAUCUUCUAGCUUCAUGCCCCCCCACCCCCUCAAUGGAGUCACCCGUGUUUUGAUUUGUUUUGCACCAGCCAUGGCUAUUAAUACAUUUUGUAUUUGAUCAGCACUGAAAUAAAUUGUCCUCUUAAUGUGA